ACAAGAGGGGGAAGGCGUCCCAAGUCAGUUCUUCCUGCCCUCAGUCUCUGCUCUGUCCCUCCCUCCCUUUCGUUCCCUCUCUACUCAUCUCACUCUCUUUAGAGGUGGAGUUUGUCACUGAGAAGUGCGCCAGAGUAUGUCAGUGAGGUAGUUGCUGUCGAAAGCAGAGAAGAACAAGACAGGUAGGGGAGAAGAAGUGCUAGAUGUCAGCAGAUAAGCUCAUGACUGUUUAAGUUAACAGGAAAAAGCUCUUACGAGCAGUCAGCAGAAUCAUCCUACAACCAGAGGAAAAUGUAGCUUCUUCUCAAGUGGAAAGACUCACUUGGUCCACUGAAGUCUCCCACCACCAUUGUGUCUCUGAAAGUGAUCCUGCUUUCAUUUGGAGCCAGUCCUUGAAGAUCCCACAGGACAUCAUCUUGUGACUGACAGUGAUGGGUUCACAGAGUCAAAUGCAGGCCUGGACGCUGAUUCCAGUGCUUCUCCUGGGAAUGACCUGCUCAUUGCACACUUCUCUCGUGAAAGUCAACAAGGGUUUAAAGGUGAAACGGGGACAGUCGGCCUACCUUGAUGAGGGUGACCUGCAGUUCCAUAUUCCACGUCGGAAGGAUGCAUGCAAGGUGGAGGUGGUGUUAAAUGAGCCUAUAACUCAGCGAGUGGGAGAUCUCAUGCCUCAGGUUUUUGACUGCCAUUAUCUGGCUGAUGAGGUGAAGUAUGUCCAUAAUGGCUGUCCAUUGUUAAAAGAGGACACUGUCAAGAUUCGACUGUACAGGUUCACUGAGACAGAGACAUACAUGGAAGUGUUUUCUCUCCGUGUGGACAUUUUGGAACCUGAAUGCAGCAUCAUAAGGCUUGGGCCUAAAUCCUUGGAGGUACCUGAAUUUUACCGCCUCUCUGAUGCGGUUGAUGGCAAUGUGGUGUCGUUCCACUAUGAGAGAAGGUCUAGCCUGGAGUGUAGCAUCCAUCUGAGCAACCAUGAUACCCACCUGCCAGCCCAUGGCCAGUUGGUCACUGGAGAGCCAGAAAAAGCAACCAAGAGAGGGGACGAACCAGAGAGCUUCAUCCACCUUCGUCAGCAACUAGACAAUAAAGCCGCGGCAAUGUGUAAAUCUGAAGACUGCCUCAAGGGGUUGAGGCUGGUGAAGGUGACCAAAAUUCCCUGUGAUGACUUCCUGUUGAUGGGGCUGAGGUAUCAGCACAUAGAUCCUCCAUCUCCAGACAUAGACUUUAUUACAAUAAGACUGGACCUCAAGGACACCAGGAGUGGCAGCGUAUAUCAGUCUGAACAGAUCUGGAUCCCAGUGCGGAUAAUUGGUGCAAUGCCCAACCAGCCUCCUAAACCAUCCUUCAUGUCAAUGUUCAUCCUGGAAGUGGACCAGUUCAUCCUCACUCCGCUGUCCACUGCUACCCUAGAUGCUGAAGAUGAGGAAACUCCCAAACAGCUUUUGGUUUUCAACAUCACCAAAUCCCCUGUGGAUGGCUUCAUCACUCAUCUGUCCGAUCACACUCGACCAAUCUCGUCAUUCACAUGGCUGGAUCUCAAUGACAUGCUCAUUGGGUAUCAACCUCCGAACUCCUCGCAUACCCAACGCAGGAACUACGAGGUGGAAUUUGAGGUUCAUGAUUUUUUCUUUGAGAAGAGCCCAUCAAUGACUGUACAUGUGUCUGUAAGGAAUGCAGACACAAAUGCACCCAGAGUUUCCUGGAACAUGGGUCUCAGCCUAUUAGAGGGUCAGUCUCGUCCAAUAACAUGGGAGCAGGUCCAGAUUGUAGACAACGACAACCUGAACACCGUUCGUAUAAUCACUGUGGAUGGCCUGCAGCAUGGACGGCUCACAGUCAGAGGUGGAAAGGGUUUCAUGUUCACUGUCAGUGACAUCAGAGCAGGCGUGGUUUGCUAUCACCAUGACGACAGCGACUCAACCAAAGACUUCAUUAUCUUCCGGAUCACUGAUGGUCGCCAUCAGACCCGGCACAAAUUCCCGAUCAAGAUCCUGCCAAAGGAUGACAGCCCUCCUUUCUUCAUCACCAACAUGCUACUGGAAGUGUCUGAGGGCCAAACAGCUCUUCUUCGUGGCUCCACCCUACAGGCUUCAGACAUGGACUCCAGCGAUGACUACAUCCUCUUUAACAUCACUUGCCCCCCGCAGGCAGGAGAGGUCAUGAAAAUCCCAGGACCAGGGCUCACAGGUUACCCUGUGAGACACUUUCUGCAGAAGGACAUGUCUCAGUCCUUGGUUUACUACCGACACCUGGGAAAUGAGGUGUUUGAUGAUUCCUUUGAGGUGGUGCUGUCAGAUUUCCAUGACCCCCCCAACCUGUCAGAGCCUCAGGUGGUGCUGGUGCACAUAGAAACUGUUCCAGACCAACCACCUAAAGAGGUUCGUGGAUCCAGCCGGUGUCUCGUGAUCAAAGAAACAGAAGUGGUCCAUAUAAAACGACAACAGCUUCACUUUGUAGACCAAGAGUCCCCCGACAGUGAGCUAACAUACACUGUUACCACUCCACCUUUCUACACUGGUCCUCACAGCACCCCUGAUGCAGGGAGGUUGUUCCUGGUGGACAGUAUACCCAAAUUCACCAAAGACUCCAAUGCACCUGUGCUGAGGCUCUUCACACAGCAUGCAGUAAACUUCAUGAAAGUAGCCUACAUGCCUCCUAUCAUGGACAUCGGCCCUUACCCACAGUUUAUCCAGUUUGUUCUCUCUGUAACCAACCGUCUGGGCAACACAGUCCCUGGGAUCUGCUUUAACAUCACUGUGACACCAGAGGACAACCAGCCACCACAGGUCAUCACCAAUGCUCUGUCCGUGGAUGAGGGAGGGGAGUGUUGGCUCAGCACUGAACACUUGCUGCUGACAGACGUGGACUCUAUGGAGGAAGCCAUGCAGGUGGAGCUGCAGAUGGAACCGCAACAUGGAGCUCUGCAGCUCGCUGGCCUCCUGCUAAAACCAGGCCAGGCAUUCACUGUGCAAGACCUGAAAAGCUUUAAAGUUAGUUACAACCAUGACAAUUCCGAAACUGUGGAGGACAACAUUGAAUUCUCUGCAACAGAUGGCACCAAUUCAGUUAGAUUCGUCCUGCAAGUGAAGGUGAAGCCCAUUAAUGAUGAAGUGCCAGUGUUGGCUGCUGGUUUGAAACCAGUUCUCAGCUGUGCAGAGGGACAAGAGAAGGCCAUCACAGCAGAGUACAUCUUUGCUUCUGAUGCAGAUAGCGACAACAGCAGCAUUGCCUUCCUAAUUGCGCGACAACCAUAUCACGGCGUGGUACUCAGGAAUGGUGUCGUGGUCGACCGUUUCAUCCAGGCAGACAUCGCUGCAGGGAUCAUCACCUACAAACACACAGGACUGGAGAUCGGUCUGACUCCUCGCCAUGACACCAUCACGCUUGUUAUUUCUGAUGGAGAAACAGAAAACUCUGCUCUGUGCUGUGGUGGAGGAAAUCCCACCAGGACCAGAGGCAUAGCACCACUGCGGGACAGCCUCCCCGUUUACGACCUCAGGAUCACAGUGUUUCCUGUCGACAACCAAGCACCUUCGCUGACAACAGGAGAAAUCUUUAUGGUGGAUGAAGGUGGAACUGCCCCGAUAACUGUAUACAAUUUGAAGGCCUCUGAUGUGGACACGGUCCUGGAUAACCUGGUGGUCAAUCUGAUUUCUCCACCCCAGUUUGGGUACAUUGAAAAUAUCCUGCCAAGUCCUGGCUUUGAGAAAAGCAACAUGGGCAUAAGCAUAGCCUCUUUUUCAUACAAAGACAUCAUUGACAGGCAUGUGAACUACGUACAGUCCAGACACCAGAGGAUGGAGCCCAUAGCUGACCAGUUCAUGCUCUGUGUGUCAGAUGGCAAACACAACUCUGCACAUGUGCCCUUCUACAUUAUCAUUUUGCCAACAAAUGAUGAGAUCCCAGAGUUUGUGGCCCACAAUAUCACAGUACGAGAAGGAGAAAUGAAGCAGCUGGACACGUCUGUGUUGCAUGCAGUGGAUCUGGAUGUCCCCAGGAACGUCCUGCUGUUCAGCAUAAUUAAACCCCCUCAGCAUGGCAGCAUCAUUGACCACAACAGCAAAAGGCCAGGCAACAAGAGACGAGAGGCCAGUCACCGAUCAUCUGUGGUCGACUUUACAAUGUCAGAUCUGGCUAAUGGUAUGGAUCUGAUGUACAUGCACGAUGACUCGGAAAAUAUGGAGGAUAGCUUUACAGUCCAGUUAACGGAUGGUCUGCACCAACUCCACAGAGAAUUGGUGGUUAAAGUGGUGCCAGUCAAUGACAAGGAGCCUCAUACCAUAAGGAACAUUGGGCUGGAGGUGGAGCCAGGAGAGACUAGGCUCAUAUCCAGUGCUACCCUGUUUGCACAGGAUGGUGAUACUCCCUCUUCAGAGGUCAGGUACAUUUUUGAAAGUGUUCCUACCCAAGGACUACUUCAACUGAAGGAAGGUCAGGACUGGGUGACGAUCACUGCUUGGAGAAACUGCACCCAGGAAAUGGUGGACAUGAACCUUCUGCGCUAUGUGCACACAGGACUGCACGCUGCUAAAACACAGGACUUCUUUGUCUUCCACUUGCUGGACGGAAAUAAUCAAUCACCGCCACAGCAUUUUCACAUCUCUGUCAAAGAUCUCGUGAAAGGAAGUAUCGCCAUCUUUGUAAAGCCAGGGAACGUCCGUCGGGGUGAUCGCGUUGUUCUCACUACAGAUGUGCUGUUAGCCACAGAUGGCACGGAAAAGACGGAUGAGCUUCUGUAUGUCAUCACCAAACCUCCCGCUCAAGGACAUGUAGAGUACAUCAAGCGUCCUGGACUUGCCAUCUCCACCUUCAGCCAGAUGGACAUAGCAGCAAACCUUGUAGCUUAUGUACACGACAAUCGAGCCAGAACACCCAAAGAAACCUUUCAGUUUAUUGUGAGUAAUGGGAAGACCAGCCGGAAUGGAAGCUUUGAGGUUUCAGUGGAAAUGGUGGAUCGUUUCUUGCCGUCUCUGUCCUCCAACAAUGGCGUCACAGUCCCCCAGGGUUCCUCCAUUAUCCUAGGUCCUGAAUGCCUUGCCCUGUCUGAUCCAGACACUCCACCCAGCGCCCUGACCUUUACCCUCCUCCAGCCUCCACAGUAUGGCAGGCUGCUUUUGGCUGGUACCGCACUAACAACUGGAUCAAACUUCACCUACAAACACAUUCAAGAAUUGGAAGUGUCAUAUAAACAUGAUGGAGGGCCAUCACAGAUCGACAGGUUUACCUUUACUGCCUCUGACAGGACCAAUCGAGGCUUCCUCCUGGGUGGGCUGCUGCAUUUGGAACCUGUGUUCUUCACCAUUCAGAUCAAGCCUUUGGAUAAGUCGUCUCCGGAUGUUGUAAAGCUACUCCCUCUUUGGAAAGCAGUGGUUUUAGGCAAUGGACGAAGCGGGAUCUUCUUGUCAUCUCGGGAGCUGAAGGCCCAAGACGUCGACAGCUGGGAAGAAGAGCUGAUAUUCUGCAUUGUUCGCCCUCCCUACUUUGGUUACUUAGAAAACAUUACCACAGGUGGCUUUGUGCCACAGUGCUUCUCUCAGGUGGAGCUUAACAAGAGAACCAUCAUCUACAUCAUUAAUCCAGACAGGGAGUCCUUCUCUGACAGCCUGGAGUUCACAGUGUCUGAUUCUUUAGGGAACACUGGGCCCUCUCACAUCCUGGAGCUCAGCUGGUCCAGUGUGGAACUGUCUCAGCCUGAGCUCUCUCUGUGUGAGGAGCAGGGGAGUGUCUCGCUGGACAUUUACCGAAAAGGAAACUUGGCAGAGUCGUCAUACAUCACUGUCAAGGUAAAGACGUUGACUGCAAUACAUGGCAAAGAUUUUGUCAUAAACCCUUCUUCCCUCAUUCAGUUUGACCCAGGAGUAUCAAAGAGAAGCUGGCAAAUAGAGAUCAUUCGGGAUCGGCUUGAAGAAGCUGAGGAAAUGUUUGAAGUGCUGCUGGUCUCCCCUGAAGGCACAAUUAUUGGCAGCAUCAGUAGGGCCCAAGUCACCAUCAAAGAUUCUGGACAGUGCAGGGUAAACGUGGAUCGGGAGGCUUCUUUGCUUAGUGGAAAAGAGAUCAGGUCAGAAACGUACCCCCAGCAUGGAUCCAUUCAGCUAGAGAAACUUCCCCUAGGCACUGAGUCGGUCAUCUGGGCCGGUGGAGACAGUAUCUCCGAGGCUGGAAGAAAAAAAAAAAAGAAACUCAGAGCUAUGGGCAAUCCAAAGUCUAUUGCACCUUCCUCAGUAUUUCACAAUGGGACAGACAUUGUUUACUCGUAUCAUGGCAUUAUGCAAAUGCAAGUCGAAGAUGAGACCUCCCCAUCUAUUAAGGGCAGAAAAGCGAACAUUCGUGUGGUUAGCAGGGGGGCACAGCAGCAGGCAUCAGCAGCACUUAGUGAAUCAAAACGGGAUCCUCAACGAAAGAUUUCAGAACCUCAGAAAACUGGACUGACUAAAGGACAUGCUAUGGCUGAUAGCUCUGUCUCCAAGCCUUGUGUGCCAGAACUGAUGGGGCUCCUGCAUUUCAACCAAACCACUAAUCAACUCUUCCACUGCAAUGGUGUGUCCUGGAAACCCUGGGUACCAACUGAUCAGAUGGUGAGUGCUCAGAAGUGUCCUCAGGGCUGGACCUUUCAUGGUGGCCACUGUUACAUCCUCAGCACUGAGCACAAAGCCUCCUGGAGCACAGCAAAUAAAGCCUGUAGGGAGAGAUAUAAAGGAAGUCUUGCAAGUGUUCUCUCUAAACACGAUAUGGAUUGGCUGUGGGAUUUCAGUGGAAGAAAACCAUUCUGGAUAGGCCUUAAUGACAGGGAAGGCCGAGGACGCUGGGAGUGGGCAGGCGGCGAGCCUGUCAGUUACACAAACUGGAGAAAAACGCCGCCUCGGUCAAAAAUUAAGGAAAGCAAAAAGUGCAUCUUGGUGUGGAGAAGAGCCAGGUGGCAGAUAAGGGAUUGCAAAACCAGCAGGGGUCAUCACUUUGUGUGUUCAGUCAAGACUUGAAUGUGACUUUGUGUGCAUUUUCACAGCCAUGACCCGCACAAACUGUUGUUUCAGAGGAGUUGCAAGAGGAAGGACUCGUUUUCAGGAGGUCGCCGGGACGAUUAGUGGGAACUUUGCUGGGGCUAUUCCCAUGAUAUAUAAAGAACAUGAAAAAGUAACUUGUUAUACUAUGUGACAUUGUUCACACAGCAUUUAUUCUAAUUAACCACUGAAACCUUUUGUUAUAUACUGUAUGAAAAGCUCUCAAGAUUUUUAAAGGCUUUUACAUAUUUCAGAUAUAACUGUGCCUAGAUUAUCAACAGGGGCCUCAAAAGUCUCAGGUUUUCAGAUUGUCAGUUGGUUUGUGGUGUUGCCAAAUAGUUGCAAAACUAUUUGUUGAUGUUGUGAACAUUACCUAAAGUGUUGCAUUAUAUAACUUUUGUUAUUUUAUAAUUAAUAUCAUGCUUACAUUGUACAUUUUUCUAAAAUCAAGUUGUGGUUAAUCAAAUUACCACAUAGUAUUUUAGCAGGAGAGGUGUUUUUCCAUGUCUACAGGUUAUAACAUAAUGAAAGUGCCAUGUCUGGGAACACUACUGUUGAUGUACGGAGGGGGGUCAACUGGGGUUCAUCUGCAAAAAAAAAGUCUAUUCCGGUCAUGGACAGAACAUCUAUGUAUUUCCACUUGUUCAUUCACUUUAAAAAAAAUCUCUGUUUGUUCUAUGUUUCUGUGAUAAAUAGGAUGAACUUGAGCUCUUCACUUCUUAUGCAACAUAUUCAAACCUCAUUCAUUUCAUUCAUAAUCAUGUUUAUUUGGCAUGUAAAGAGAAAAAUUGACAUCAUAAUAAAGUUCAAGAUUAAAUUGUCUGUUUAAA